UUGUUUUUUAUAAAAAAAAAAAAAAUGUUAUCUAUAAGAAAAUGUAACAUAUAUGAUUUGUUAUCCAUGCAACAAUGUAAUAGUAUAAAUUUACCAGAGAAUUAUAAUUUGAGAUAUUAUUUUUACCAUGCCUUAUCAUGGCCAUACUUAAGUCAAAUUGCUGAAGAUGUAAAUGGAAAAGUUUGUGGAUAUUCUUUGGGGAAACUUGAAGAAGAUAAUGAAUAUAAAGGUCAUUUAACUUCAGUUGCAGUUUUAAAAACAUAUAGAAAAUUAAAAUUAGCUUUUUAUUUAAUAUUACAAACACAUCAACAUUUAAAAGAUAUUUAUCGAGCAAAUAAUAUAUGUUUACAUGUGAGAGUAAGUAAUAACGCUGCUUUAAAUCUAUAUUAUAAUUUAUUGAAUUAUAAGGUUAACGGUAUAGAAACGCAAUAUUAUGGAAAUAAGGAAAAUGCCUAUUUAAUGGAGCACGUUUUUGCAAGGUAG